UGAGUAUGUUUUUUUCAUAGAAGCUGAAAUUGGUCAUUUCCAUUAAACAUCCACUUCCGGACUGAAUUUUACAGGCAGAGAAACAACUAAUGGAGACACAAGAAGUGAGGAGGCUUCACAUCGUCUACUUUCUUAGUCGAAAGGGGCGUAUCGAACACCCUCAUCUCAUUCGAGUCCAUCAUCUCUCCAGAAAUGGUGUUCGAUUGCGAGAUGUGAAGAGAUGGUUGUCGGAGCUGCGUGGGAACGAGAUACCGGAGUCGUUUUCUUGGUCAUACAAGAGGAGAUACAAAACAGGGUAUGUGUGGCAGGAUUUGGUAGAUGAUGAUCUCAUCACUCCCAUUUCAGACAAUGAGUAUGUGCUUCAAGGAUCAGAGAUUUCAUCCAUCAAUAUCAAAGAGCAAAAAGUUAAGGAAAAAAAACAAACUCAACCAACAACAGAGGCCUCAGUUGAAGUCUCAUCAAAACCGGCGUCUGAAAUCGAAGAAGAAUCGCCGUCUUUUGGCUCAGAGACAUCCACAUGUACAGAUGACUCGGGAAAAGUCGAGAUGCAGAAAAGUACGGACACAACCAAAGAAGAAAAGCCGAGCAUCGAUGACAAAGUGGGGAGGCACUGGCCUUUUUACUCCACACUUUUGAGCAAGAAGAGGAGCAAGAAUGCCACUGUUGAUGAAAAGACUGCUGCAGCUGAGGCUGUUGAAUUGUGCAAGGACUUGGCAUCGGAGCCUCAAUGCAUGAAGAGCAAGAACAACGCAAACAGCAAAUCAAAAAUGCUCAAGAACCUGAUCACUUGUGGGGAUGUAAAGACGAAUGAGUCUGCGGUUGUUCUAAUGAAGAAACCAAACAACAAGCCUUUCACGAGCACGUGUUGGAGUGAUGUGGAGAAUGUUCAUUCCGCUGCGUUGUGGAAAAGGGAUAGUGGCUUCGGAGGCUCUCAGAGGGUGUGUAGGAUUCCUGCUUCGGCUCGACAGUACUUUAGUGGAAGGAGGAGCCUUGAUGGGAUCGAGGAUUUGAAGAAGAGCAAGAGUGAACCAACAGAGCUAAAAGCACCUUGUGCUCCUUAUAAGCCAGUGAACGGGCCAAAUUGCUCACAAUGUGGAAAGGUGUUCAAGCCAGAGAAGAUGCAUGCCCACAUGACAUCUUGCAAGGAGCUGAAAGCUUUCUCCAAAUGUGCUGCUGCUGAUAAUAAGGCAACUAAUGAAAGUGGGGACUCAUUUUCUGGCCAUUUGCUCACUCUUUACUAAUUCAAGCCACGUUUUAUAGAUAGAAAGAUGUAAAGCAUUUCAGCCUUCUUUGUGAAAAGAGAUGCAAUUUCGAUACAUUUAGUUUUAACCCUUAGAUUAUGUCAA